UCAUCUGAGGCGUGAGGAAAGGAGGGGAGAGCACUGCUGGGGGCAGGCGUGUUUGGAUACGUCAUUGAGAGGCACCAACUGUGGCCCCGCGAAGUUCUUCCGUUUCGUCUUUCGCCAGCCUGUGCCCGCGGAGCCCGGGGGCGCGCCUUGCGCUUGGGCGCACCUCGAGCCGCGUCUGCAGGGACAGAACCACCAGGAGGACAGCACCGCCAGAGUCCACCGGGAAAGGAGAAGCCAUGUACAGGAGAAAGAUGAGAGGCAUGUAUAUAUCUAAGAGGGCAUUAAGAAUACACUUUGAUCCCUGCAAAUUUCCAAAGGAGACAUACCUACUGUGCGAGCUGCAGUGGCGUGGGAGCACCAAGUUUUGGCAGCACUGGGUCAGGAAUGACCAUGAUUAUGAAGAUUGCCAUGCAGAGCAGUACUUCCUGGACGAAGUCUUUGAGCCAAGAAGCUACAAUAUCUGUGACAUGACCUGGUACCUGUCCUGGAGCCCCUGUAGGGAGUGCUGCGAUAUAAUCCGGGAUUUCCUGGAGGAGCAGCCCAAUGUGAACAUAGACAUACGAGUGGCACGGCUCUACUACACAAACAUUCCCAGAUAUCGCGAUGGCCUGAGGGAACUUCACAGCUUGGAGGGAGUGACCAUUAAAGCCAUGGAAGCCGAAGACUAUAAUUACUGUUGGGAGACCUUUAUACAACCAGGUGUCAACUAUUAUUUCUCACCCAAUAAUUUUAAAUCAGAGAUACAGAGGAAUCGUACAAAGCUCGAAGAUAUCCUUCAGGGUCUUCAUUUGUAUGCUAGGAUCACAGUACUGCUGGUACUCUUCUUCAGGUGGAAGAUGCAGCCAAGAGACUUCCAAAGAAAUUACUCGCCUAGACAAAAUGGACGGGUGUACCUGCUGUAUGAAAUCAGGUGGAGAAGAGGUUCCAUCUGGAGGAACUGGUGCUCGAACAAUCAUGAACAACAUGCUGAAGUCAACUUCCUGGAAAAUCAUUUCAGUGUCAGGCCACAAACUCCUUGCUCCAUCACCUGGUUCCUUUCAACUAGUCCCUGCGGAAAGUGCUCCAGAAGGAUUCUGGAGUUCCUGAGGUCACACCCUAACGUGACCUUGGUAAUAUAUGCAGCCAAGCUGUUCAGGCACCACGAUAACCGUAACCGACAAGGUCUCCGCAACCUGAUAAUGAAUGGAGUCACUCUACGUAUCAUGAAUCUUGAAGAUUACAGAUACUGCUGGAGAAAUUUUGUUGCAUACCAAACUGGAGAAGACGAUUAUUGGCCCCAGAACGUCACUUUAUACUUCCUUCUGAAUAGCACAGAACUCUUACAUAUCUUUUGGGGGCUUCCUCCAUUUCUGGCAAACUGAAUGCUAAUGAGUAUCACCACCAUGCUUCCAAGUGCAGUUUGUGCAUCAAUACAAGACCAGAAAAGCCAGUCUCUGGGAGUCUUUUCUUCUGCAGCCUUGCUAAGUUUCUUGCUGCCACCAGAGAAGACUCCUGGGCAUUGCUAAGUAUUGAAGAGAACAGAAGGAGCACAUGAGAAGCCAUCAGGAAGCUUGGAUGAUGUAGCCAGGCAUCCAGGACACCCUGGUCUUUACAGACCUUUUUGAGAGUCCAGUGGGGAUGAAGACCAUGCCCCAUACUCAGGCCUUCCACAUCUGCAGAUUCUGCAAUCAGAUUCUACAAGUGUCCUCUUGAGAUGCCAGCAUGUAAGAUUUUUCAUGCUCUGAUGUGUUCCAAAGAAGUAAUCAGCCAUGCAUUCUUGCUUUCAGAAUUUCUUACAAAGAUCACUUUUGUGUCCACGUGUGUAUGU